CUUUUCUUCUCGCUGCGCCGCACUUCCGGUGGCAAGCGGAAGCGGGGACUUGCAGCCGCGGGCGCCGGGGCCGGAGGCAUGGCGGGGGCGGGGCUGGGGGAGGCUCGCGCCGAGCAGGCCGGGGGCUCCCUCUCCCCGGCCCUUUGAACCGGGACCGUACAGAGAUGUGAUAAUGGAUCAUCAUGUUUCCACCAUCAAACCUCGAAGAAUCCAGAACCAAAAUGUCAUUCACCGCUUGGAACAGCGACGAAUCAGCUCAGGCAAGGCAGGUACCCACUGGCAUCAGGUCCGAGUAUUCCACCAGAAUGUCUUCCCCAACUUCACAGUCGUCAAUGUUGAAAAGCCUCCUUGUUUCUUGCGUAAAUUCUCGCCUGAUGGGCGCUACUUUAUUGCUUUCUCUUCAGACCAGACCUCUCUUGAAAUCUAUGAAUACCAGGGCUGCCAGGCAGCUGAGGACUUACUGCAGGGCUAUGAGGGGGAGAUCCUGUCCAAUGGCAAUGACCAGCGGUCAGUCAACAUCCGCGGCCGGCUCUUUGAACGCUUUUUUGUCCUGCUGCAUAUUACCAACGUAGCUGCCAACGGGGAGCACCUGAACCGAGAGUGUAGCCUCUUCACCGACGACUGCCGGUGUGUCAUCGUGGGCUCAGCUGCCUACCUCCCGGAUGAGCCGCACCCUCCUUUUUACGAGGUGUAUCGGAACAGUGAAUCUGUGACCCCCAACCCACGGUCCCCUCUGGAGGACUAUUCCCUUCACAUCAUUGACCUUCACACUGGCCGCUUAUGUGAUACCCGCACCUUCAAGUGUGAUAAAGUGGUCCUGUCGCACAACCAAGGGCUGUACUUGUACAAAAACAUCCUGGCCAUCUUGUCGGUGCAGCAGCAGACGAUCCAUGUCUUCCAGGUGACCCCUGAAGGCACUUUCAUUGAUGUGAGGACCAUCGGCCGCUUCUGCUAUGAAGAUGACCUCCUCACCGUGUCAGCCGUUUGCCCGGAGGUGCAGCGGGACAGUCAGACGGGCAUGGCCAACCCUUUCAGAGACCCCUUCAUCAACUCCCUGAAACACCGACUGCUCGUGUACUUGUGGCGCCGGGCAGAGCAGGAUGGUAGUGCGAUGGCCAAGAGGCGCUUCUUCCAGUAUUUUGACCAGCUGCGGCAGCUGCGCAUGUGGAAAAUGCAGCUUCUGGACGAAAACCAUCUGUUUAUCAAGUACACCAGUGAGGACGUGGUAACCCUGCGGGUCACAGAUCCAUCACAGGCAUCUUUCUUUGUGGUAUACAAUAUGGUGACAACAGAGGUGAUUGCCGUGUUUGAGAAUACAUCAGAUGAGCUUCUAGAACUCUUUGAGAACUUCUGCGACCUCUUCCGUAACGCUACCCUACACAGUGAAGUCCAGUUUCCCUGCUCAGCUUCCAGCAACAAUUUUGCAAGGCAGAUCCAGCGCCGGUUUAAAGACACUAUUGUAAAUGCCAAGUACGGAGGGCACACAGAGGCAGUGCGCCGGCUGCUGGGCCAGCUCCCCAUCAGUGCCCAGUCUUACAGCGGUAGCCCCUACCUUGAUUUGUCUCUCUUCAGCUACGAUGACAAGUGGGUGUCUGUCAUGGAGCGACCCAAGACUUGUGGAGAUCACCCUAUCAGGUUCUAUGCCCGGGACUCUGGUCUGCUCAAGUUUGAGAUCCAGGCAGGCUUACUGGGCCGCCCCAUCAACCACACAGUGCGACGCCUUGUUGCCUUCACCUUUCACCCGUUUGAGCCUUUUGCUAUUUCGGUGCAGAGGACUAAUGCUGAGUAUGUUGUCAACUUCCAUAUGCGACACUGCUGCACGUAGGUGCCUCACCAAAGCCCAAUUAUCUGGUCUUCCAAGACCUUGCCCCCCGCUUAUCUCGGUGGACUCUGAAGCAAGAGCUCCUGGCUGCCAGCUUUGUUGGUUCCAGACUGUGGUGCCUCACAUGGGGAGAGCCAGAGAGAGGAGCGAGGGGUGGCUCAGCUUAAUGGAAUUGUUAUGGUCUCCAACUACUGAUUGAUUGAAAAUCCUCUGGUCUUUUCCCUGUGGGAAUGUCCAGCAUUAAUUAAGUCCAUUUAAUUUUUGUCUUAUUUUGCAUUUUGUUGCUAUGAAGAUGAGAGCAUUACCCCGUUCCCCUUGGCGUCCGUUCUUUGGCAUUAUGGUAUAUGCAGUCUGAAGCAGGGAUGUCUUGUUGACUCACGGGAACUGUGCACGUCCUUCCAUGUGGCCGACAACAGGGCUGUCUUUAUAUUAAAAAAAAGAAUAAUAAAGCCUUGGUAUUUUCUUACUUAGA